AUGCAUCCUCCUUUCGCACUCUUUUCGGCUUUUGCUGUAAUCCGCUGCGUAACGACAUCCCCCGUGGACGUUGCAUUGGUGCAGCUUUUUCUAUGGGGCGACAAGACACCAACCAGUCUGAGCUUUGCUGGUCCCGUGAUCGCUAAGGCGCAGGAAGAUAUGGCACCUUACAAGGAUACUUUGAAUAUAACCAGAGUUCUCAUCUAUGACCGUAACGUGACGACAUGCGUUGGGAUGGAUCAAAAAGCAGCAUUCUGGAUUACGCGCUAUUUUUACCAUGAGGCGGAUGGUAAUCCGGUCAUGGGGGUAUUCAGCCCAGAAUGUCCAGCAGCAGCAUCCUCCAUAGCUGCACUGGCGAGAACGUGGAACAAACAGAUGCUAGUCACCAAAUGGGGAGAUUUUGGUUUCUCCAACAAGAAGCGCUAUCCCACAUUGACCAUGUUCUCGCCCUAUAUUGAUUACAGCCUGGAUAUGUUCUUGGGCAGAUUAUUGGCACACUUCAACUACAGCAACGUGGUGAUAAUGUGUGAUGAUGAACAAGACAAUUUAGGACU